ACUGAGACAUGGUAUUAGAUUAUGAUUGCAGGUAUGGAUUCGGAUAUCAGGAAGCUCACUUAGUCCAUUUUUGUCUCUAUAUGUCUUACUUCAAAUUCCAUACAAUCUUGAGAAGUCUAUACAAUCUUGACGGAGUCACAUGAUCAAAUACAACCCGCAUGUUGUUAAUAUCGGCAAUAUCAAAUCCCAAUUAACGAAAUUGCUUGGCUUCUACGUGUGAAGUUCGUCCAUGGAGAUGCUGAACACGGAUUUCAUCGGCGGAGAAAAAACAUUCAACUUCUCGAAUUUUGAUCCAUCAUAUUUGGAAGGAAAAACAAGCGAUGAUAGCAACCAUAGCACCAUAUCGAACGAGGAAAUACCACCGGUGUCACAUGAAACAUUGGGAAGCGACGGCGACGACGACGCCAAAAGUUUCAACAGUGAGGAUUAUGCCGGAAGCAGGAGCGAGUAUGAGAGUGAAGAAGCUUGGAUUGAGAAGAAGGUGUACAUUAGACGGUUGGUUGAGUCACAGGUGACCUAUCAGCGUGCCCUGUCCUUUCCUUUUGUUAUGCGGUUAUCAAUUAUAGUGACUUAACAAUAGAUUAUUUUGUUCUGUAAUGGUUCAGUUUUACUGUGUUGUUAGGGUUUUGAUGUCCCCCCGUACCAGAUGGUAUCCAAUUUGGCGCAGUAUAUCCACUCUAUACGGAGGAGGCUUUGGAGGGGUAUGUGGAGGAGGAUUCAGAGGAGGAUCCAGAGGAGAAUUCAGAGGACGACGAUAAGUAUCGAUCUGAUUAUAGCUUCGUGAAGGAUUACACCUCCAUGGCCAUUGAUAAGUACAAUGCUGACAAUGCAAAGCUGGAACUAGUGCGGAUCAAGAAAGUAAACUAUGGACUUUGUUGUGGUUACAAUUACUAUAUAACCUUCCUUGCCAAAGACACCAUAUCGGGAGAGGUGAAGACUCUUCAAGCCAAGGCUUACCAUUGCAUAUUCAAAGAAGAUAGAAGUUUGACUUUCAUGAGGUUGGCACCUGGACAGCAAUGGUAAUAAUGUCCUAUCUCUGCAUCUAGCUAAAGUUCAUGUUCUGUAUUCCCACAAUUAAUUUGGGUGAUUAUUCCAUCACUUGCCAUUGUAGUAGUAAUCUUUUCCGAGCUCACAUUAUAAAAUUGUGAUUGAUAGUUGUGUAUAACUACUGUUGGAUUAUCCUCAUAUUUUAAAUCACACUGCACAGUUUCUUUGCAUAAUAAUAACUUUGCAAAAAUAUUUGAGUGCAGCCCAAUGUAGAAGUUGUCUUCUAUUCUUCUUUUCUUCUUUGGACCCCUGCCUCUCUGUUCUCCACGUUCCCUUUGAACCCCUGCAUCUCUGGUUCUUCAUGUUCUCCUUGAAGUUUCAACCCCUGCCUCUCUUUUAGCUUCGUUGACUCUCCUGCGUGCUUGCUGUUGACGCAUUUCAUUUUACUUGCAGAUUACCCAAUCCAAGUGCGAAUGAGAAUAGUAAAUUUGAGCUGCUGGAGAAUGGUGUUGGAGCUGAUGCCAUUGAAUUUUAAUUAUGGCGUGAUAGUGUCUGUCUGUCUGAGCUACAAAUAAUUGGAACCGCUCAUUGAUGUAAGCGAUAUAAGGAGAACUUCAAGGCUAGGCUACUAUGGAGGAAUCUUGCUGCUGCUAUUACUACUACUACUAUUAAUAUUAUUAUUAUUGUUAUUAUUAUUAUUAUUAUUAUUAGUAUUAUUAUUAGUAUUAGUAUUAAGAUGUUUUCUUUUGGACUGUUUUCAGUCCCAGACCAGACUUAAACAGACCAGACCAGACCAGACUUGGAUAGUUAUAAAAUACACAGAGACCAGACGUUUACCAGACCAGACCAGACUUAAACAGACCAGAUCAGACCAGACCAGACCAGCAAAUUUCAGUUCAAAAGAAAACAUCCUUAGUAUUAAUAUUAGUAUUAGUAGUAGUAAAAUUAUGAACAUUACCACCACCGCACCACGGGUCUACCAUCACCAUGGGCAUCAUUGUUAUUAUUGUUAGCGUCACCAUUAUUUUGUUGUUGUUGUUGUUAUUUUAUUAUUAUUAUUAUCAUCUUCUUCUUCUUCAUCAUCAUCAUUUUUGUUAUUAU